AUGUCGGAAACAAAGAAGAAGAGACGACAGUACAGUGUGGAAUAUAUUAAAUAUGGGUUUAUCGAAAAUCCUACAAAUCCGUCAUCGCCAAUGUGCCUUAUUUGCCAAAAAACGUUUUCGAACGAAGCGAUGAAGCCAUCUAGGCUACAAGAUCAUUUUAAUAAAGUGCACCCGGAUAAGAAAGGCAAAAAUGUGACCUAUUUUCAAGACCUGGAAAAGAAGUACACAGUUCAGCCAACUGUAUCGAAACUUUUUUCAGCAGCUUAUAAAGAGCAAGAUGACGGACUUCGUGCUUCGUACAAUAUCUCACUGUUAAUUGCUAAAAUUGGCAAACCACAUACUAUAGGAGAGGAUUUAAUUUUACCGGCAGUAAAAGAAGUAUUAACUACUGUGCUCCAUAAACCAGCGGCAGAUAUUAUCCGAAAAAUUCCUUUAAGCAAUAGUUCUGUGCAAAGACGAAUUGAUGAGAUGGCUAAAAACAUUGAAGAAUCGUUGUGCAAUCAUCUUAAGACUUGUCAAUUUUCAAUUCAGUUGGAUGAGUCCACGUUAUCAACUAAUGAAGCAUUGUUAUUGUCAUACGUGAGGUUUGUCAAAGAUGAGAAAAUGUGUCAAGAACUAUUAUUUGCUAAAAAUUUAGAAACAAGAAGAAAGGGAGAAACCAUAUUUAAUACACUGGAAAAGUUUUUUGACGAAAAGGAAAUUCCUUUCAAUAAUAUUAUGUCAGCUGCUACAGAUGGCGCACCGGCUAUGACUGGGCGUUAUAAAGGCUUCAUAGCAUACUUAAAAAAUAAAGUUCCAGACGUGCUUGCUGUACAUUGCGUCAUUCAUCGCCAGCAUUUGGUUGCGAGAAAUCUGAGUGAACGCUUGCAUACAUCACUACAAUAUGUUAUCAGAGCAGUUAAUAAAAUCAGAAGCAGCUCACUAAAUGACAGAUUAUUUAGUCAGCUUUGCAUUGCCAAUGAUGAAGAAUUCAACCACUUGCUGCUUUACACAGAAGUGCGCUGGCUAUCAAAAGGUACUUGUCUGACUCGAUUUUACAAUCUGUUUGACUCUGUGUUAGAGUUCCUAGAAAACAAAGAUACAGAAUUGCGCAGCAACCUCAUCACAUCAAAGAAUGAUAUUGCGUACUUGACAGACCUGUAUAAAUUGUUUAAUGAUAUGAAUCUCCAGCUUCAAGGCGACGACUUAAACUUAAUUAAAACAAAAAGUAUCAUUGCUGCUUUCGUAGCCAAACUGCUACUAUACAAAAGUAAUAUCGGCAGACGUGAAUUUAAUAACUUCCACAAUUUAUCAGCAGUAUCCUUCAGUAACAAUGACUUGCUCAUUUACUGUCAGCACUUGGAGAACCUCCACGAUAAUUUUAAGGAACGAUUCCAGGAUAUUUUAAACAUGGACAUACCAGACUGGGUGUUGGAUCCUUUUUCAAAUGUCAACACAGCAGGAUCAUCCCAGUUAGAAGAACAACUUAUAGAAAUGACAACAAACGAAGAACUAAAAAUUAAAUUCAAGAAUGGCUACCAAGAAUUCUGGCUGCAGAAGCGAAUCUCCCAACUAUAUCCUGCGUUAUGGUCGGUUGUUCAACGAUUUCUGAUAGCAUUUCCAUCGUCGUAUUUGUGUGAACGUGGAUUUAGUGCUGUAGCAACGUUGAUAACUAAAAACAGAAAUCGGCUGCAAGUUACUGAACGCGGCGACUUACGGCUGUUUUUGAGUGAAUUCGAGCCUGAUAUUAAAAAACUCGUCGAAAUGCAUCAGAUUCAUUCUUCACAUUAGAUAAGUUUUAAAUUCAAAGCCUUCUUUUAAUGUUAAUAAAAAUACUUCUAAAUAUGAUUAAGUAUGAGUUUUAUUUCCUCUCAUUGAAACAUUCUUUGAUCUCAGAAAUAGGAUAUGGAUCACUCCCUGUCUAUACUAUCCAUAUAAUAAUGCAUGUUUAAACAUUAUAUUUGCAACAACUGUUUUUA